UUUAGGUGGAGUCGUGUUGGUGGCGCUUUGGCUCCACAUGCCCAUGAUGCUUCCGGUAGACUUACUAUUUCUUCGGUAUCGCUGUCCGAUUCUGGUGAAUACAUCUGCACAGCUACACACAGUGGAAGAACAGUUGAGGCUCGAGCCACGCUUCAUGUGCAGUCCUAUGGACCGCAAGAUUUGCAAAACCAACUGCCCUCAUCAGGGCAAUGUAUGGCCGAUGAGCGCGCCUGUGGAAACAACGAAUGUGUGAAAUCUGAUUAUGUUUGCGAUGGUGAACCUGACUGUAGAGACAGAUCUGAUGAAAUGAACUGUCCAGCUUUAAGACAGUGUGAACCUAAUGAGUUCAAGUGCAACAAUCAACGAUGUGUCCAGAAAAUGUGGCUUUGUGACGGAGACGAUGACUGUGGAGAUAACUCUGAUGAACAGAAUUGCGGUUAGUG